AUGGUCGCACAGAUGAAGGAAUUAGAAAUGAUCUUGGGCUACAAUUUCAACGAUGAAGAACUACUGAGACAAGCGUUAACGCGUGGGAGUGCAAUUAAUGAAAAAAAUCCUGAUGCUAGUGAAAAAUCAUUCGAGACACUCGAAUUUGUAGGAGAUGCAGCACUGAAGCAUGCUAUAGCGCAAUUAUUAUACAGAAAACAUCGUGAAAAUAGUACAGAAUAUGUUCUGCAUAUGGGCACUGUAGAAUUGAUAAAAAACUCAUUCUUGUCAACCAUCGGAAAAGAGAUGCAACUGGAAAAAUUCCUUUUGAUGGGAAAAGGGGAAAAAAACUUGACAAACAAGGAUAGAUUACUUGCCGAUGGAGUUGAAGCUAUUCUUGGUGCAGUUUCACUUGAUACAAAUAGUAAAAAUGAUUUGCUCGAUGUGGUGCUUCGUUUUUGGAAACCAUAUUUAGAGCUAAGUACAUCGCAUGCUUUGCAAUUUUGUUUAAAAGAAGCUAACACAGACCACAAAGGCUACACACUUAAGUCUUCGAAUGGCAAUGUCAUUACUUAUGGCAAAUGCGGAAAGAUGGACUCUAUCCCAUGGAAGAUGUGCAUCUUUGUCAUGCGUUUCAUACUGCUGUUGAUAUUAUUAUACGUAUCACUUGUCAUUAUGAGUAACCUUCCAAAUUUAUAA